UUUUUGGGUUAAACAAAACUUUAUUCAGGAAGAUAUAUGGAAAUAAGAAUAUUAUUUCAAAUUACUACAAUUUUUCCUUAAUGUCUUUUCUCUGAUUUCUGUGGUAUAAACAAACUGCAUACUGUUGUAAAGACUAUAAAGGUUUUACUGCCACUUGUUUGGAUUUAAUCUGUAAACUCACCCUUCAAUACUGGUUGUAUCUCCAACUAAAUUCUAUAAAACAUUUACAGCAUACCACUCCGUUUCCCACACGUUCCACAGAGACAAAAAUUUAGUGCUCACAAAAGUACUUAUAAAUAUAUUAGCUAGUUGUGAAGACUUGCUUCAUUUAGACUCCAGAUCACCAGUCUGCUGGAAGUAAAUGUUGUAGAGGGAGGAGGAUAUUUGCCGUACUUCUCAGCUGGAUCUGAGAUUUGGCAAAUUCCUUCCUCAAGGAAAACCACUUUCCAAAGAUAUCCUAGGUAAAUGCUUAAUGAGAUUAACAUAAAACUGGAAAGGUCUACUGCGUCCACACCUUCGAAUUCAUUUGUAAAUUACCACUACUUUCUUUUCUUCCCCACCGGGGGACCAGGCUGCAAGAGUCACAGGUGCAGAAGGUUUUUCACUAAAAACAGCAUAGAAACAAAAGAAUGAAGGCGCCAGGAGGAAAACAUAGUCUCAGAACAAAAUCAGUCUCGGAGGGGAUGGCAGAUCUAAUGGCAGGUAUUACAGAAGUUUAGAUAGUCACCAGAGAUAGAGAGUAUCAGCUCUAUUAGGUCUUCCGUUACGCCUGUCUGAUUGGCUUAAACCUUUGUGCUAGUCUUUAUCUUGAGAGAUCUCUUUGCUAAGCACGUGAUAGGUGUUAAGCCAAUAUUGAUUUUUUUUAAAAGGAGAGAUAGUCAUUAAAUCUAAGCUUCACGGUUAGUUUUAACUUUCAACUUAUGGAUCACAAGCCAAACGAUUCAUAUGAUCCCUGAAUUUCAUUACUCAUAAGGAGAAACAGUUCGGGUAGGCACGACCUCAAAGUCAUCAAAUUACUCACACCACACAGCUUAGAAGUCCGAUAAGGCAAUGUUUGGGUAGAGUCUUGCAGAGAUUAAACAUCUUGAGCAGAGAGCCCCAACAAAGUGCAUAGUGAGUUCGAAUGUAUUGUAAUUAAAGUCAUCCAGAUGGUAGUUGGACUAAUCAAUGAUGAGGCGGUAUUUAUCUUGGGAUAGAAGAUUCUGAACUCCAGAGUAAGAAAAUCCCCAAGGUGGGGGGUGGGGACAGUUAAUAAGUGCCCCUGGGAAAGGCCCAUUCAGCUAGGGCUGCAAAAUUCGUUUGAAUUUGAAUCAAUUUGAAUAGAAAUCUCCCCCAGGAAGCAGGAACCAGAUCCUCUAAGCCCAGCAAACUUUGGGCAGGAAGCGAGUACUGCAAAGCAACAGUCCCUUGUCUGUGGUUUGGGGCGCAGAGAAAGAAAUCACAAGCGGGAAUCGAGUGUUUGAGUUCCUUCAAAGAACCCGGGAGCGCAGAGUAACGAACUCCAGGCACAGUGCUGGCAAGCCCUCUCCUGUCCGCACCCAUGCGGGUGCUCCGGCGCGUAGGCCUUCUCUUCACCGCUAGGGCGUCCACGGAGCAGCCCUCGUCCGGCCCGGCUCCCGAAUCCGCAGCCAGCAGCGCGGGGCGCCGAGGGGGGCGGGGCGACGAGCGGGCGGAGGGCGCGGGAGGUGCAUCCUGGGAAAUCCAACAACAUGGGGCGCCCGGGCUGCGGGCGCUGUGGCCGCCUCGCGUCCCGGCCGCAGGCGCCGCCGCUCUCCUGACGUCCGAGCCGAGGCCCGCCCGCCGCAGCCCGGUUCCCCCGCCCAGGCGCCCCCGCCCCCCGGCCGCGCCAUGUGAGGGGCAGCUCCCGCCACCGCCUCUUCCUCCCCGCGCCUCCCGCCCGCCCCCGCCGCCUCAGCCCCCGCCAUGGACGCGCACUACGCGCCCGCGGGCUUCGCUGAGCCUCCCGCGCCCCCCGCCAGCGCCGCCACGCAGCCCGCUGCCCCCGCCUGGGCCUACGAAGCCCGGGUCCCGGCCGCCGCCUCCAGCCCCAGCUGCAGCGGCAGCAGUCCCAGCCUCAAGGCCAGCUAUGAAGAUGGACAUCCCUCACAGUCUGAGUCAGAUGUUCUUCAGAGACAGACGUUCACAGCCUCUCAUCAGCUUCCUGGAUAUGCCACCACUCCUCAAGCAACUGGCAUGCAUUCCUCAGCAGCAACUGAGCUGUUUGUUGCAGGACCCUUGCCAACCACUGGGACACUUCCACCACCAACUUUGUCUGCCUAUCAGCAUUCAUCUACCUUUAGCAAUAGAAACUUUGCGACCACCUCACCUUUGGUGCUUCAAGAUUCAUCUUUUAACACUACAUCCAAUGGAAUUUUAAGCCCUCAUGACCCUUUGCUACAAAUUAAGACUUCCCAGGGAACUGUUCCGACUGCUUUGGCAUUUGAGCGCCUGGGCAGUUCUGCAUUAAGUAACAGCGUACCACCUCAGUCUUCAACAUAUCGCUCAGCUCAAGAGUCAGCACCCCAUCUUUUACAACCUCAAUUUAGUUUGUUGCCUUCAACACUUGGGGGAGCCCAGCAAACCCCUCAAGCCUAUAAUUCAGCUCUUUUUCCUAGUUCUGCUGCUUCCAUUGAAAGAGCCCUUCUUCGAGAAUGUAGCGUUAUUAAACACCACCAGCGGCCUUCAGUUACCCAGUCUAUUCAGGCACAACUGACUGGUUCACAGCAUCCCUUACAUAGCUACCUAUCAAGUGCAAGUAUUGGUAAUUUUCAGGAACCAUCCAGGCAGUCGUCUUUAUCCUGUAGUUCAGUUCGAGAUUCUACUCAGGUGAGCAAUGGAGUAUUGCCGCAGAAGACCCCUCAGGUCUCAGCAGAACUUGCUCAGUCUUACUCAUCUGUAAUUCCAUCAUCAGGGUAUCUUCCUUCUGCUACAAAAGUAGACAGCUGUUCUACAAAACAACCACUAACAUCAACUACAAUUCCGAAGCCUCAAAGUGUAAUUCCUCCUGUGCAAACACUAAACUAUUCUAAACCUUUACAUAACCAGAGUUCUGUAAUAUCAGGUCAAGCACAAAUUUAUUCUACAGCACAGCUACCAAGCCUUUUAUCAGUCAGUCAGUCCCAAAAUUAUGGUUUAGUACAGCCACAUAAUGUGCCAUCUAUUGUUCAUUCACAGGUUUAUAGGUCCAGCAGGGUUGAGAAAUUGCCAUCCUUAUAUAAAACAUUGACUUUUUCUGGGUCAUCUCAGCCUGUAACCUCUGAAAACCAGACACUUAGUUAUUCAUCCAAUCAGCAAGAAGUAUUAUCCUUAGUUACAAAUGAGAAUUAUCCUGCUCAAACAAGAGACCUGCCAUCAGUCAGUGAGUCUCAAAAUUAUUCUUCUGGUCAGUCUCAGGGUUUAUCACCAGUUAGCCAAACACAGGUCAGUUAUUCAUCUCAGUCUCAAGUUUUAUCAGUUGUUAGUCCUUCAGAAAGCUAUGCAUCAGGACAGUCUCUGACAUUAACAGCCCCUUCUCUUUCUUAUUCUUCUGCCUCUCGGGGUCAGAGCUUGCCAGUUUCUACCCCAACACCAAGUUAUACUUCUAUGCAUCCAUCCCCAAAUGCUCAGACCCAAGGAUCUUCUGCUCAGCCCCAAGAGUUUCUGCCUGCUGUGCAGUCCUCUUUUGCAUCCUCUACUCGUGGUCAGACAUUACAAAGUAGCAUACCUUCUCCUGAUCCAAAGUCUUAUGCUGAAAGGAAGCUUGACUCAAGUGUGUAUACAUCGUCAAAGCAAGAUGAGUUUCCAGUGCAAAAAUUACAGGCAUUGCAGUCACAAGCAUCUCUUGAAUCAUCAAGCCAAAGGCUACCCGAUGGGGAAGUGAAUGCUCAAGAGUCAGUUUAUAAGACAUCAAAGGCAGAUGAUAGGUAUUCUCAGAGUGUAACCAGAAAUAACUCUCACCUUGAAGAUCAAGUUGUUGGAGUUGCUCUCCAGGGUUCAGAACAGGAAGAAAACAUGGUCGGUUCAAUGACACAACUUAACCAGCAAAGUGGCCAGUCCAAUAAUGCAGUAGCCACUGAUCUUAAGAAGGCAACUAAUUUAAUGCAAACUCCACAGGUAAGGUUGAAUACUAAAGACCUCAACCAGCAGCAUUCUCUCAUGCACAAGAUGCAUGAAGCGAAGGUUCAGCAACAGCAUGAUCAAAUAAUGAGUGCCUCAUCUCAGAUACAGAUUCCAAAUCCUGCUUUAGGGCAGAGUCAUCAGGCUCUUCCUCAUACAUCAGUCCUUUUAGACUCUGCCUGUGACUUACAGAUUCUUCAACAGGCUGGAAUUCUCCAGGCUAGCCUGGGACAAGCAAAGGCAUCCUUGCAAGUACAGCGUGUUCAGAGUCCGCAACAGAUAGUCCAUCCUUUCCUACAGAUGGAUGGUCAUAUCAUCCAGAGCAACGGUGAACAUCCUCAACAGCAGCUCCAUCCUCACAAUUCUGAUAUUAUGAAACUAGACCUCCCUGAACCUUCAAAACCAUUGCAACAGCUAACAACAAAGGGCCCCUUCAGUGAAGCCAAUCCACAUGACUCAAAGAAUCAGUUUGUUUCUCUUGGAUCAAUAUGCUUCUCAGAGGCAAUGCUUCUCAGUGAUGAAAGAAAUAUUUUAUCAAAUGUAGAUGACAUCUUAGCAGCUACAGCAGCAGCUUGUGGGGUUACACCUUCUGACUUUUCCAAGUCAGCUGCAAAUGAAACCAUGCAAGAUAUUGAAAGUAGUGAUUCUAAGUCUCAUUAUCAGCAGUCAUUAAAUGUCAGGCAUGUGAAUUCAGAUUUUAACUCCAUAGCAGCUUCAGUAGGAAAGCCACAGAGUAUUAAUGAUAUUUCCUUAAAUGGAAAUCAGGUUAGUGUGAGUCUUUCAUCAGUGCCCACCCUUCAGUCAGAAACAGUUCUUGAUCAACCGCAUAUGGAAACACCUAGUCAAACUAUACCAACUAAAGUACCUUCUGCCAUGGUUGGACUGGGUCAGGAAAUCCAGGAACAAAGUUCUGACCCAUUCAAGAAACAGUUGACUAUAAACCAUGAGUCUAAAGAAGACAGGGAAAUUGCUGUUGACAGUGCACUGAGUAAUAACAGAAAUCAAGAGUUUGUCUCUAAUAGUCGGAGCAUAAGUGGAGACAGUGUAGUAUCAGAGCGUGACUUUACCCUAGUAGGUGAUGACACUGGUGUGUUGGUGAACCCUAGAAGGAGUACACUUGCACUGCUGGCCAUGCCCCAGCCAGGGGAUGCAGCCAGUGGCAAGACUGAAGAUGAAAAACAAGAUGUAACAUAUUUUAACCUUCCAAAGGAAAAAGCUAAAGGAAAAGAACAAGGUAAAGAGGAAGAAGAUAAUCAAAAACAGCUGAAAAGGUCUGCUCAAUGCAAGCGACAGAACCCCAGAGGGACAGAUGUGUAUGUACCAUACACUUCCCCUUCCUUGGAAAGCUGCGAUGAAGGUUUUCAGCAUCAAGAAAAGAUGAGGCAGAAAAUCAAGGAAGUGGAGGAAAAGCAGCCAGAGGUCAAAACAGGAUUUAUUGCUUCUUUUUUAGACUUCCUGAAGUGUGGGCCCAAGCAGCAGUUCUCCACUCUUGCUGUUCGAGUACCUAACAGAACCAGACGAUCAGGAAUCCAAACCACCCGUACGUUCUGUCCCCCACCUUUUGCAAAGACAUCACCUGCAGCACAAGCACCAUCUGAAACAGGAGGGGUCAGUCUGUCAGAAAAAGUUGACAGUGAACUUAAAACUUUAGAACAAUUAUCUUCAUUUUCUUCUGAUGAGGAAGAUCCUGGCUCGUGUGGCCAUGAUAUCUAUAAGAACACCUCUGCUCCUUUAACUGUGUUGGAUGCUACUUCCGAUAAAACAAAGAAAACAGUUUUAGAAGCUCUGCCUGUGGCAACUCCUGGUGCAUCUGCUGAGACUGCUGGUGUUGCUCCCACUGCCUCCACUGCUGUUGCAACAAUUAAACAAGACCUUCAUCUGACUUCAUUAACUGUCAACACCAUGGAAAAUGCCAACUCCACAGAAUCCCCCACAGCCAUCGAACUUGAUAGUCUUCCUUCAGACCAGUUGGCAAAAGGACAGGACACAGUUGCAAUAGAAGGUUUUACAGAUGAGGAAAAUAUUGAAAGUGGAGGUGAAGGUCAAUACAGGGAACGUGAUGAAUUUGUGGUAAAGAUAGAAGACAUAGAGACCUUUAAGGAGGCUUUAAAUACGGGAAAAGAGCCCCCAGCUAUUUGGAAAGUACAGAAAGCUUUGUUACAGAAAUUUGUUCCUGAAAUUCGAGAUGGGCAAAGAGAAUUUGCAGCUACAAAUAGUUACCUUGGGUAUUUUGGAGAUGCAAAAACUAAAUACAAAAGGAUAUAUGUGAAGUUCAUUGAAAAUGCAAACAAAAAGGAAUAUGUCAGAGUGUGUUCCAAAAAGCCAAGAAAUAAGCCUUCACAAACUAUCAGAAAUAUUCCAUCUAAGCCAAGUAGUAUCAGUAAAACUUCUGACCCACCAGUAUCAAAAACUACAACUACAAAAACCCCGUCUACAAAACCCAAAGCUAAACAGCUCAAAAUAAAGGCUGAGCCACCACCAAAGAAAAGGAAGAAAUGGAAGGAAGAAUUUUCAUCAUCACAAUCUGAAUCAUCUCCUGAGGUCCGUUCUAGCAGUAGUGAGGAUGAGGGCUUUGAGCCUCCAGCCCCCUCUGUCACUCGUUUUCUGAACACAAGAGCAAUGAAGGAAACUUUCAAGAGUUACAUGGAAUUGCUUGUUAGCAUUGCUCUGGAUCCUGACACCAUGCAAGCCCUAGAAAAGAGCAACGAUGAGCUACUUUUACCACAUAUGAAAAAAAUAGAUGGAAUGCUGAAUGAUAACCGGAAAAGACUUCUUGUGAAUCUUCAUUUGGACCAGCCAUUCAAGAAUGCUUUGGAAAGUUUUCCUGAACUGACAGUUAUUACUCGAGACUCUAAAGCAAAGAGUGGAGGAUCUGCUAUUUCUAAGAUCAAAAUGAAUGGCAAAGCUUAUAAUAAGAAAACUCUAAGGACUUCUAAAACAACCACUAAGUCUGCACAGAUAUCAUCUGUGCAGAAAAAAAAUGAAGAUUUAGGACAGGAAGAAAUUGUUCAACUUUGUAUGAAAAAUGUAAAGUGGGUGGAGGACCUAUUUGAAAAAUUUGGAGAACUUCUAAAUCAUGUACAACAGAAAUGUUCCUAACAUGUCCACAGAAUCCCACGUUUUUAUAGCACUAAUGAAGUGUGGAAGGCUAGUGUCACAGAUAAUGCAGCCCUCUAGCAGAGGCCUCUUGUAGCAUUCCCCUGCCGUGGGGAACUGUGACCAGACCUUUGCUGCCAUGGAAACCAGUCCUUUUAUCCUAAUGAAUGGUUUUUCUAUUUUAUAAACUGUGGGGUGACUGUCAAAUGAUAAAGCAUGCACUAAGUAUAAUUUUAUUGCUAGAGAAAUAACAUUGACGUGAUCUGACUUUUCCCCCAUGACAUGUCAGAAGUAAAGAGACAGCAGAAAGCAUUUGUGUCUGGCCACAGUGCAGAAAGUAUUGUAAGUUGUGGAAAGUGAUCUGGUGUGUGGCAUCCUGUGUAAAAAUGUCUUCAAUUUAGAACAUGAAGCUCAGCAGCUGCACCCUGCCCUGUGGACUCCUUUUGCAUGUCCGGGAAAUGGUGUGGAGCUGUGCAAUUCUGUGACUGCUUUUUGUGUCGAGUUACAUUGUGAUGGAAAAAAAAUGACAUAUUAUUUUCCCUGUUUCAAAGAAAAGUAUUUUUGUUUAUAGUGUGUUUUUACUUUGGAAAUUUUUCAACUGUACAUUUUCUUUUACUGAUAGUUGUAUUUUUCACAAGAAAAUGUGGUUUUAAUUGUUCUUUCUGUGCUUCAUUGUUUUCAGUAAGCCCUGUGUAGGUACAUGUCAUUUGCAGCAUAGAUUCUGUCUUGAAGUGGACAUUUUUGUUCAUACCCUUUUGCCAUGUUAUUACUCAGAAGAUUCAUUCGGUGCUAGAAUUAGUUUAGCUUUAUAAAUGGGACUGUGUGAAACACUGCAUUUAAUUUCAUAUUUCAUAAAAUAAAUUUCUUACCAAACUAGCACUUGAUUUAUAACUGAUUUUUCAACAUAAAAAUUAUUGCCAGGCAUAGUAGUGCAUGCCUUUAAUCCCAGCACUUGGGAAGCAGAGGCAGUCAGAUCUCUUGAGUUCAGGCCAACCUAGUCUACAUAGCUCCAGGACAGCCAGAGCUUCAUACUGAGACCUUGUCCCCCUAGUACCCCCCACCCCACCCCACAAAAUUAACUACUGAUACAGUUUGAUGGCCCAGUGGGUAUAGGCACUUUCAGCCAAGCUUGACAACCUGAGUUCCAAGACCCACACUGUGGAAUAAGAGAACCAACUUCUGCAGAAGUCAUGUCCCUACACAGAUACACACAUCAGGCUGUAUGCAGUGUUACACACAGCUUUCCUAACUCUCAGAACUGGAAGUGGAGUUCUCCUUCGGUGCCUUUAACCCGCCUGUAAGCACACUAGUGUAGCUUCCUUAAGUUUGAUGGCAUUUCAAGUGGUUUAGCUGAAACAGUGAAUGUAUGACCUUGUGUUGUUUAUUUUUGUUGCCAACAGGAUGCCUUCUUUGUGAAGAUAUAAUAGUGUCACUCUAAACGAUGGCCUUUUUUAGGAUUCAGAAGCAGUUGUAAAUCAUCGAACCUUUGUUUAUUUUACCACCAGUUAGUGCCUUACUCCCUAUCUAGAAAGCAGUGUUACUGUCCAGUGCCCAAAUAAGACAUGCUUACAUGGGCAAACCUAUUGUCUUGACUUUGAGAACAGACAAUUCUUACACUUAAAACUUCAAGUAAACUGACAAGAAUUGAAGUUAACAUGCCCCUUGGUUUAAGAAUAAAACACUGUUAACACUGGGUUAAAAUGAAUAUCUGAGUUAGGCUUACAUAUUUAUUUCCGGUGAUUGUCUUAUUAAAAGCAAUAUCCUUAGCAUUUUUACCUGCUGUUUGGCUCUGUGGUACCAAGUCAUGGGAAUUUCUCUCGGGGUCAAAUGUUCCAUUUCUGAAGGUUUAGAAGCCUACUUUGUGAACAGAAGUGACCUAAUAGGCUUAUUUUAUGUAACAGCAAUGCUGUUGGCAAGAGAAUCCUGAGAUUUCAUUUUAUAAGCAGAGGAGAACAGGACACAGCCAUGUUCCAGUCUUAUAGCAUUGACCCUGAACACCGUGUCUUUCUAACAUGGAGCUGACACGCCUAUAUAUCUUUACCUGUAUCUUGAAUUAAAAUAUACAGAGCAUGUUUGAACUUCUUUUUCAUGAAUAAAUCUCUCAAGGAUAAGCUUAUUAAGAAAUACCCAUUUCUUUAUUGGUUUUGUUGUUUAAAGCAGGGUCUCACACUCUAGCCCAGGCUGGUCUAGAACUCAAUAUUAGUCCAUUGGCUCCAAAUUCAUGGCAGCCCACCUGUCUCAGCCUCCAAAAUGCUGGGAUCAUAGACGUGAGCCACCAUGCCUAGCUUUCUGUUCCCUUGUGAACUGCAGUUGCCCUCGGCCUGUUCAUAGCUGAGUCCUGUUGUAAACCAUUUCACAAGUGAAGGCCAGGUCCUGUGAGCUUCCCUCAAGACCCUGCUGCUCAGAGGAAUUGCACCUCUCGUUUAUUCUUACAGCAUAGGAAAUAUCAGCCUCAGGCCGUAGAGGAAAGUGGGACUAUUCUAUAGCCACACACCAGUCCUUUCUCUAUAGGAAGCUAAAGAAAUGUUUAGUUGGUUAGUGUUUACCAGGGAAUUUGAAAUGUAUGAUAUAGGAAAACAUUUACGUUGUAGACAAAGAGGUGAAGCACACGUUGCCAUAAGCUAGGAAAAUGUUAAGAAAGAUUGGAUUUUCCUACUUAUAGAGAUCUGGAGGGUGGGGAUGUGGCUCAGUGCUUUACACUGGCUAGCAUGUCUGAGACCCUGGGCUUCCUCCACAACCCUCAUCCCUCAAGCACACAUAGAGAGCUGGGGUAAUUUCAUGUAAAAGUUAUUCUGUGUUGAUAUUUAUUACUACCCCAGAAAACUGGUUGCCAAAGGGGCCUCCUUGCCAUUUUGAUAUAACCUAGUUACUACUUGAUCUCUAAUAAAUCUAAAUUUAUGGUGACUUAUCACAGUAAGUUGAAGUAGAAACUGUCCAUUUUCCUAUGGUUUUGCCAAAUUGGAAGUAUUGGUAAGAUAGCAAUUAAUCAUAUUUUUAAAUGUUUAAUAAAUUUUCCUAUUUUUGAAAGUUCUAAAUUUAUUUAAAUUUCUGAAACUUGAAAAUUUAUAGAUGGGAUUACUCAUUAGGGCUAUUUUCAAAGCUUCACAUUUUUAAGCUAAUUUUUUUAUUAAUUUACCAUUUAUUCUCCUUGAAGCAGAUAAAUUCCAACCUAUAGCUCUAAAGAUACAGCUGUUUGUGUUUGUGUGUUUGUGUCCAUCGCUGAUUCAAAUGAGUGGUUGAAGAAAGGGUCUCCUUCCCGUUUCCUCACAGUCCCCUCUCUAUAUACCGCAGCUCCCCCCCCCCCCCGCCCCCGUGAGAUCUGCACGGGGAUUGUUUCAGGUGUAGGGAACGAAGCUUAAUGUAGUUGCAGAAUGCAAUUCUUUUAGUUUGUUUUAAAUGUUUUAGUUUCACAAAAAAUGCUUUUCAAAUACAGUGAAAUAGCCCAGGAUAUGCAUUAACUCAGAUACACAGCUGUUGUCAUCUGUGUUCACAAAUGCAUGUUUUUGAAAAUUACCUCUAUAAAGAACAACUAAGGCUAAGGAUACAAAAGCUUGCAUUUGUAGUCCAGAAUUUUCAAUUGGUCCAUUAUACCAUGUACGGAAAUGUGAAAGACAAUUUUGUAUAUUUGUUACUAACUCAGAUCAUUAAAAUGAAAACAAUUUUUUAAACAAAA